CCCGCCUUGGCCACCACGCCAUUCACCACCACCACCACGCGCGCACUGACACAAUCACCAGCACGCACCCCCCAUUCUCUGUUUUGCUUGCUACGUCCGCACAACUGCAGGCAGCGACCAUCGACCAGCCAAACCAACAACACCUUGCUUGCUGCACGUUCCUCCACAUCCAAUCCAGCACCUUCCAUGUACCUCGUCAGCAGCAACAUCCUUUGUUCCCGACCACACGCCAACCACCACCUGACCACCACCAACCUUCAACCAAUAUUUUGAGCCAGUUCUGCAGGCACCAUCGUCAUUGUCGUCACUGAGCUUUCUCCCUACUACUUAGCUGUUGUUCUCCACUCAUGGGGGUUGGCGACUUUGCGUCCAGCCUUGCAACCCAGGCAAACAUUAGUGCAAUAGCCAACCGUCAACAAUCAUUUCCAUCUCCACCCCACCCACCUGCAUUCCUCGCAAUCGUUCAUUCACAACCAAGCAGCGACACCCUCAAGCCACUGGAUCGCCAAAGCACGCCCACAACCGGCCCAAGAGCACACGCAAGAAGAAAUCCAAAGCCUGAUCACCAACACCGAGCAAGAAGCAGGCAGCGGGAAUCGUCUGCAUCAUCACCGUUUGCAUCAAAACAGCGUCCACCCACCGCAUUCUCAUCGUCCCGCAUCGCCUCAACAACCAAACCCAAGGCCCAUCAGCAACACACCGCAUUGGCCCAUAGCACGCACGCCCAAACCGCAGCCGAACAACGAGCCGACCAAGUUGCACCCAGAAACGCGCACACCGCAGGCACGCCUCCCUUCGACCGGAUCAACCAACCCUUUGGGUGGCAACCACCAAGCCAAACGGACCUCAGCACCCAUCACGGAGAAGUGGCCGCUGCGCUGUCGCUUGCCGACUUGAAAACCGCCAACCACCUCAUCAACAUCAGCAUCAACAGCGCAUCGCCAUCAGCACAGCUACCCCCCUCCUCGUCUUCCUCGUCGUCAGCUUCCACAGCUCGGUUGCCAACCUCCCCAGUGGGCUGUCGCCGAAGAUCUUCCUCCUUCUCCUCGCCUUUUCCCGCCUCCCCCACGCAGCCAAGCCUGAGCAAGACCAUGAUGUCCACAAACGAAGUCAACGCGUUCUGCAACUCCCAAGACCGGCAUCGUCAGCAGCAGGCAACGCACACGCUGCCCCAAGAGCACCACCAAGCCCACGCCAAGCCGCACGCCCUUGCACCCAGCGCCGCACACCUCGAUGGAGCGGCGCCCUCUACCAUGACCAUGCUCACGGACACGCCCUUCCUUCGCGACGUGCGCUCAGGCACCACUUCCUCCAUCUCCCUCGCUUCCGCUCAGAGCGACCAGCAACAGCAGCAGGAGCAGCAGCACAGCGACCCUGCCAACGCCAUGUUCUCCAGCAUGGCAGCGCCAUCAUCGGCUGUGCACCAGCCACACGACUACCACGGCCCCGCAGCCUACCAGCAGCAGCAGCAGCCACAGGGAUAUCACCACCACUACCACCACCACCAGCAGCAGCAGCAGCAGCAGCAGCACCUUCUCGUCCCCGCUGGCUUGACCACCACCCCAACUGACGCCACGGAAGUAGGCACCAGCGACACACGCCCCAGCACCACCACGACGACCACCACACGGGACUCGUGUGGCUCGUCAAGCGCAGGCUCCUCGGACGGCGGCGACGUUGACACCCUCGGCGACGACGGCGCCUACAAGUUUGUGUGCCCACACCCGGGCUGCAACAAGGUCUAUCGGCGCCGCAACCACCUGCAACGCCACUCCCACUCGCACAAGAAGACGCUGCCGUUUGUCUGCCCGGAGUGUGACCGCGGCUUCCACCGCAAGGACCAUUACGAGUACCACCGCCGCGUCCACUCUGGCGACAAGCCCUUUGUCUGCGACGAGAAGGACUGCGGCCGUUCCUUCCGCCAGCGCAGCGCCCUCACCCGCCACAAGAAGAGCCACAUCCGCGAGCGCGAGCGCACCUGCACCUACUGCAACCGCGUCCUCUCCAAGCAGGAUGACCUGUACGUGCACAUCUGCACCAUGCACGGCCGUGAGCUCCUCGAGUCCUUGCCUGCAGGCGCCAUGCAAGCCGGCCUGCUCGCAAUGGCCCUCCAGCCGCAAGGCGCCAACGCAGCAACUGGCGGAAGCGCGAGUGUUCGCGGCAACAACAGCGGCAGCGGCAACAGCAGCAGGAGCUCGUCCACGUCGUCUGCGGGCAACGGCACCGCCCAGACCAUGCCGCUGAUGCUGCUGCUCCUGCAGCAACUUCAGCUGCAGCAGCAAACCGAGCAGCAGCAGCAGCAGCAACAGCAGCCAGCGACAGGCGUUUCGCAACCACCACAACAGGCACAGCAGCCCUCGGUCAACCCACAGUCGCUGCCCGCCCGGUACUUUGCACUGCCUGCGACCACCGCCAACAGUGCGAGUGCGAGUGCGCCCGUGCCCCCUCCGCCUCGCACCCUUCCGCCUGCGCUCCCAACUCACUCGACUGGCACGCAGCAGGACGCUGCUGCCAUGUCUUCCUUCUUCCAGGCGCCGUCUGCCCAGCCACAGUUCCACCAGCAGCGGCAUCGUCAGCAACAGCCUCAGCAGCAGCAGCCAGCGCAGCCGCAGCAGUUUCACAACAGCGGGUUUGUGCCACCCGCGUCCUCAGGCCAGUUGCUCUUCUCUCCACUGCAGCUCCCGUCAGUCCCGCCCGUCACCACAACGCAUAACACGUCGUCGCAUCAGCCCAUGUUCUUCUGAACGUCUGGACUCAAGAAUACAGGCCUCGCUUCGGUGUUUCAAGACCAGGCCUCACGGCCUUUCUUACCCGCUGAUUUGAGCGGUAUUUGUUUCAACGAGCCUGUAUCAGCCCGCGAGUUGUGUUCAUCUUCUUCAGUAGAUGGGUGGUUCCUCUCUUCCUCUGUCUCUAGAAUGGUCGUAUUUCCUUUCCCCAACGGCCCUUGUUGCUUUCAUCAUGGGGGGCCACCUUGUUUCGUCUCACGUAGAGGUAAAGUGUGUUCAGCAUGUGUUGUGUGUGUGUGUGUGUGUGGUGUGUGUGUGUGUGUGUGUCAGGUCUUGUCUCGCCUGACUGCCUGAGCUCUUUACUUGCUUCUGUUCUUCUGUUUGCCCCUCAUAAGCGGCACAGUUACAUGCCGUAUCUCUCCAUGGGUUUUUGUGCGUUUGUUCCCUCCCUGUCCCUGCAUCGCGACUCUAAGCGUCCUUCAGCUCAUUCUAAAUGUACUUUGGUACUACAUAUUCGCCCCCCCCCCUUUCGCAUUUGAGCAUUUGCCCUCGCGUUAUCAGCAAUUUGUUGCGUUGGUUGUGUAUGCCGUGGUGAUUCAGUGUGCACGAUUUGUUGCUUUGCAGCGAGGUCAUGUAGCCAGCUCACAUCAGCGCACAUGCCGGCUGUGUGUGCCUUAUUCUUUGUGUGGUUUGGUUUGGGCGUGGUUUGGUGUGCGACUGAAUUUGCUUCUCCGUCGCGUGAGCGUAAUGGGUCUCAAUUGAAAACGUUGUUGAAACAA